GCCUAAGCUGAGCUGUCCGGAACAUCCGGCUGUAGCUUCUCAACAUAAACAGAAAUGGCGGAGGCAGCAGCAGCGUCUACGGUGGCUCCUUCAGUAACAGGAGGUUGGACAAAACACGUAACCUGCAGGUAUUUCAUGCAUGGUCUUUGCAAAGAAGGGGACAGCUGUCGAUACUCUCAUGAUCUUUCGAGCAGCAAACCUGCAGCCAUGAUAUGCAAGUUCUUUCAGAAGGGAAACUGUGUGUUUGGAGAUCGCUGCAGGUUUGAGCACAGUAAACCCAUAAAGAAAGAGGAGCUGCCAAACACCCAGACGCUGCCGCUGGCCUCUGUCUCCCAGGCCGACCCGGCGGACCCAACUGACCCGGCUGACCCAGAACCCAGGGGCAUGUCGCCUGGGUCAGAGGCUCAGGACUGGGUCAACGCUGCAGAGUUUGUUCCAGGACAGCCGUACUGUGGACGAGCUGAGCCAGUGAAAGUGGAGAGCUCGGCCCCUCUCAUUGAGGAGUUUGACAGCGACGCAGGCCCAGACAACAAAGACCUGAGGAAGCAGCUCUGUCCAUAUGCUGCUGUUGGAGAGUGUCGCUACGGAGUCAACUGUGCUUAUCUCCAUGGUGACGUGUGUGACAUGUGCGGCCUGCAGGUUCUCCACCCCAGUGACAGUUCCCAGCGCUCAGAGCACACCAAGGCGUGCAUUGAAGCUCAUGAGAAAGACAUGGAGAUUUCUUUUGCCAUCCAGCGCAGUAAGGACAUGAUGUGUGGCGUGUGUAUGGAGGUUGUGUUCGAGAAGUCCAACCCAAGCGAACGUCGUUUUGGGAUCCUCUCCAACUGCAGCCACUGUUACUGUCUGAAAUGCAUUCGCAAGUGGAGGAGUGCCAAGCAGUUCGAGAGCAAAAUUAUCAAGUCCUGUCCAGAGUGUCGAAUCACAUCUAACUUUGUCAUCCCGAGUGAGUACUGGGUGGAGGACAAAGAGGACAAGCAGAAGCUAAUCCAGAAAUACAAGGAUGGCAUGGGGAGUAAACCAUGUCGGUACUUCGAUGAAGGUCGUGGAACUUGUCCUUUUGGCUCAAACUGCUUCUACAAACACGCCUUCCCUGAUGGACGUCUAGAGGAAGCUCAGCCGCAGAGAAGACAGACUGGAUCCAAUAACAGGAACCGGAGCUCGAGGCGGACGCCACUGUGGGACAUCUUUGACGAGAGAGAAAGCACCGACUCGUUCGACAACGACGACGAGGAGAUGGUGACGUUCGAGCUGAGUGAGAUGCUUCUCAUGCUGCUUGCUGCAGGAACCGACGACGAAGUGACGGAUUCAGAGGACGAAUGGGACUUGUUUCACGAGGAGCUCGACGAUUUCUAUGAGAUUUACCUAUAGCACCUCCCUCCUAACCCCACCACCCAUAUACUCUAGACAUUAGAAUGGACUGUCUUGUGUGAGUGAUGGACAGUAGCUUCCCCUCUGUAUUGUGGCAGUGCCUUUAAGCAGGCCAUGAAUAAUAAAUGAACUUAUAAAAACUAAAAAAAAAGAAAACUCCACCUCCGUGCGCUCGUGCUAAACAUUUUAUAGACCUCUAUCCUUGUGAGUCUUUCUUGCGUGGUUUAUUAAAAUAUAAAAUGAGAAAAAGAAGUCAAUAUAAAAUCUAACUAAAGUAACCAUUAAGAAAUUGCUAAGACAUCGUCCAGUUUGUUUGUGGGUUUGACUUGUUUAUCAUCUAUCCAGGUAUUUGUACAUACUUCUGAGACUCUGCACUUGAACUUACUCAGCACCGUUUACUGUAACUGAGAUGGGCAUGUUGUAAGACUUUACAUAUGGUUGUUGAAGGCCGGGACUUCUUUUCUGUCUGUUUAUAAAGCUGCUGAUGUUUAAUAAAUUUACCAUAAUCACU